GGGAGGAAGAGAAAGAGGGAGAGAGAGAGAGAGAGUGUGGAAAGAAAACUGUUCCGACGAAAUGACUCAGUAACUUUUGCGCUUGGAUCUGGCUUUUGGUUUCCCUUCCCAUCCACUCCCCCCCUUUUUUUUGCAAGCCUCCUCCUCCUCCUCCCUUCUUUUUUUUUGCAACGGGUUGGACCCGCUACAGCUUGGGAAAAGAUGUAUUCUUCACCUCUUUGCCUCGCCCAGGAUGAGUUCCAUCCCUUCAUUGAGGCACUGCUCCCUCACGUCCGGGCCUUUGCCUACACCUGGUUCAACCUCCAGGCCCGAAAGCGGAAGUACUUCAAGAAGCACGAGAAGCGGAUGACCAAGGACGAGGAGCGAGCGGUCAAAGAUGAGCUCCUGAACGAGAAGCCCGAGGUGAAGCAGAAGUGGGCCUCGCGCUUGCUGGCCAAGCUGCGCAAGGACAUCCGACCCGAGUACCGCGAAGACUUCGUCCUCUCUAUCACGGGGAAGAAGCCCUCAUGCUGCGUCCUCUCCAACCCUGAUCAGAAGGGCAAGAUGCGUCGCAUCGACUGCCUGCGGCAAGCCGACAAAGUCUGGCGCCUGGACCUGGUUAUGGUCAUCCUUUUCAAGGGCAUCCCCCUGGAGAGUACGGAUGGGGAGCGUCUUGUCAAGGCCCCGCAGUGCACCAACCCGGUCCUCUGCGUCCAGCCACAUCACAUCAGCGUCUCGGUCAAGGAGCUUGACCUCUACUUGGCGUAUUUCGUCCGUGAGAGAGAUUCAGAUCAAAGCAGCAGUCCAAGGACGGGAAUCGGUUCCGACCAAGAGGACAGCAAACCAAUCAUCAUGCUGGACGCGACGGAUUUCCAGGAGAAUUUUGUCACGUCGGGUGUGUUCAGUGUCACAGAGCUCAUCCAAGUUUCCCGGACGCCGGUGGUGACGGGGACAGGGCCAAAUUUCUCCUUGGGAGAGUUGCAGGGACACCUAGCCUAUGACCUGAACCCCUCAAGUACGGGGAUGAGGCGGACGCUUCCCAGCACUUCCUCCAGUGGGAGUAAACGGCAUAAGUCAGGUUCCAUGGAGGACGACCUAGAUGCCAGCCCAGGGGGUGAAUACUAUGCAUCACCAAGUUCUCCAACGAGUAGCAGCCGCAACUGGACAGAAGACAUGGAAGGGGGUAAGCAAGGGGGCAUCUCCCCGACUGUGAAAAAGACAGAAAUGGACAAGUCUCCCUUCAACAGCCCGUCUCCGCAGGACACUUCACCUCGGCUGAGCAGCUUCACACAACAUCACCGUCCUGUCAUCGCCGUACAUAGUGGUAUCGCCCGAAGCCCCCACCCCUCUUCCGCACUGCACUUUCCCACCACAUCGAUCCUACCCCAGACGGCCACCACCUACUUCCCGCACACAGCCAUAAGGUACCCGCCUCAUCUGAACCCGCAGGAUCCUUUGAAAGACCUCGUCUCGUUGGCCUGCGACCCAUCCAACCAACAGCCGGGACCGUUAAAUGGAGGUGGUCAAGUGAAGGUACCCGGGCACUACCUUCCCACCCAGAUGUUGGCGCCGCCGCCCCCGGGCAUGCCCCGCCUGGCCAUCUCACCUGACACCAAAUCUACCACGACAACUUCCGAGGGAGGGACCACCUCGCCGACGUCUCCCACCUACUCCGCCCCAGGCACGCCCCCUGCGAACCGCUUCGUGGGACUAGGACCACGAGACCCAGGCAGCAUCUAUCAGGCGCAGGUGAGUCUUAGCUGGUCCAUGAUGGAGAUGGAAGACCCAUGAAGGUGCCUUGUCUCCAGCCAUGCCUGGUUGCGGGCAACUGAACAGGGAAGAGAGAGGAAAGAGAGAAGGGGACAGAGAGAGGAAUCAGAAUGUAGUGGCCUGAGGCAGGAGGACAAGCCAGUCCAUUGCUAUGACCACCCACCGGUGGCGGAGAUCUCUUGGCCAGCCAUAAUGGUGCUUCCCCGCAAGCAAUUGUAUACAGCAGCAGUUCUUCACCUUUUCUUUGCCAGCCCCCCCCCCCCCAUCCCCAAAAUACCUUUUGUUGCUGCAUGCUUCCAAGGCUCAACUCAACAUUUCAAACCCUGAAAUGCAACCGGAGGGAGGUGAAACUCCUUGCAGGACAGCAAGCCUGUUUGCAAGAGUGUCCAUAUGGUGUAAUGGUUUGAGCAUUGGACUACAACUCUGGAGUUGUUGUCGUGUGCCUUCAAGUCAUUUCUGACUUAUGGCGGCCCUAAGGCGACACUAUCAUGGAGU